AUCAAUGUAAAGGGUCGCGACCCCAUCAUAUCCAUCCACUAGAGAGAGCUACACAAUGUACGUGUAGUUUGUAGCUAUCUUUGUACAAUGGAGUAUCAUAACUGAGCAAGAACAUGACUUUCGCAUUACCUAGGAGCUUUUUUUCCCGGAUGACGUCAUCGUCUGCGGCUGUCGUUCCUGAUCCGGAUGAGGGCAGCUUCUCCCAUGUGCUCAACAGGGACCUCUACAAACACAGAGACAAGAUUGUCGAUGAUGACAGUCUCAAAGACCAGGAACCCUUUCCCUUGCUCAGUGGAGAGAGCAUUGAGUACAUAGCGUGCUCCCAUGACGACCAUGUCAUUGCUAUCUCCAACUACAGGCUGUUUGCAACAUUGGCUAAUGGAUUUUACAUUGUGCCACUGGGGCUGAUCGAGUGUCUAGAGAUGCAGGCAUCCAAAGAUUCUUUCAGUGUAGUCUGCAAAGACGCUAGGGCAUUCAGGCUGCUCUUUUCCUCGGUGCUCAAGUGUCGGUCGUGGUUUGACCGCCUCCAAGAGUGCAAGAGAUUAGCACACAAAGAUGUCAAGAAUGUGUUUGCGUUCAUUUAUCGAGCUUAUCGCAAAGACCAGAAACUGUCUAGACCAUGGGGUGAAAGUGGGGACAGUGGGGUAGCAAAUGUAACUGAGCCUGCUGAGAGUUGUGAGGCUGGUGACAUGUGUGAGGCUGGUGGAGUGGGUGGACUGCUGUCUUUACAGAGUGAUAGCUCCAGCUGGAGGGAUGAGGUGAUGACAUCAGACUAUCGGAGGAUGGGAAUGUGCCAGGCAGCAAAUGGGAACGAGACCAGAGCGUGGAGAAUCAGUGAAUGCAAUGACAAAUAUGGAGUGUGUCUGACGUACCCGAAGCUGCUGCUGGUGCCGGGGAUGAUUAGUGAUGAGGACCUGACCACGGCCGCCAAGUUCAGGAUGUCCGGCCGACUCCCUGUCAUCUCGUGGAGACACCAGAGCAAUGGGUGUGUAAUCGCCCGGUCUAGUCAGCCGCUGGUCGGGGUGCUAGGCUGGAGAAGCCCUUCUGACGAGAAACUCCUCUUAGCCAUCUCCCAAUCUUGCUCUCUCUCUAUAUCUCAAUCAACAGACACUGUAUUAGAAAAUGGGUACGCUAAUGGAGUGAGUAAAAGUGUCUCCGAAGAAUCGGUGGAUUUUAUGACUGAGUCUGACGAGGAGGGGAUUCCCCAUUUCGAGUCUGAGCAGCAGUUGGAGGGUUUACACAAGAUGAUGGUGUUUGAUCUACGCUCGUACACGGCGGCUCUCGGGAACAGGGCAAAGGGCGGAGGGUGUGAGUGCACCGAUUAUUACCCUAACUGUGAAAUAUUCUACAAGGGUCUGCCCAACAUCCACACUGUCAGGAAGAGUUUCCAGCAGCUGAGGACCACCCUCAUCUCCGAAGACCAGACUAACUAUCUGUCUAGUAUGGAGGGCACGCAAUGGCUGUCCUAUCUCUGUCAACUGCUGAGUGUGGCCUCUGAUGUGGUGGGUGUGGUCAACAAUGACCACUCCCCCUCUCCCAUCCUGGUCCACUGCUCUGAUGGGUGGGACCGUACUACCCAGAUCAUCACACUGGCAGAGAUCCUGCUUGAUCCUUAUUACAGAACUAUCAAGGGUUUCCGAGUGCUUGUUGAGCGUGAGUGGGUGGGAUUUGGUCAUCGCUUCUCAGAUCGAUGUGGUCAUGUGACCGAGGACAGCAACGCUCGUAGCCCCAUCUUCCUCCAGUGGCUGGACUGUGUCUAUCAGCUACUCAGGCAGUGCCCUACCGACUUCCAGUUCAACCAGAGCUUCCUGGUGAAGCUUGGAGUGCACUGUUUCUCCUGCCUCUACGGUACGUUCCUGUGUAACAGUAUGAAAGAGAGAGAAGAGGAUCGAGUGGGGGAGGAUACAUACCCUGUGUGGAGUCUACUGCACGAGGGGAACACUGAGAUACUGAACUACCUCUACAAGCCUGGCAAGAGUGUGUUGUGCCCUGUGACUAACAUCAAGCAUAUUGCGCUCUGGACGGAACUGUACCUCAGUCCGUGUCUAGUGGGAUAUGGUACUCGACGGACCCUAGUGUACGCUCCCAGCCCCUGUGUCACUCGACCGCAGCUCAUAAAGAGACCCACAUCACAACAGACUCCAUCUCUUGGCACUCCGGACAACCUCUCCGCUGAAGAAGGGAGUAGAUCAACGUCAGGCUCGAUUGAUUCAGAACAGUUGGUUGAGACAUUGAAAUCGGAACCUAAAUUGGUGCCUCUGAUACCAGAAUGCGAAUCUGAGCAACUACAUGUACAUGUAGAAGGAACUUCCGAAGUACUGGAGUCAAAACCCAAACCUGAUUUGGUGAUAAUGGAACCAGAAUCUCGUACAAACCCUUUACAGACGCAAAAUACCACAAAUGAGACAUCAAAGGAAACCUUUCCUCGAUCAUUGCCACCUGAACAUGUAGAUGUCCAUCCCCUAUCACCCACGCCUGGCAACCAGUCACCCACACCUAGCAACCAGACCAUUGUUACAGAAACCUUAAUCACGCUGGACAACCAAGAAUGUGGGGAUAGUCAUGAGGUCCUGCAUGGCACGCACUUUGAUGCAAUAAAGAACGAAACUGGUCCAAAAGCUAUUGGAAACGGUCAUAUUUCACCUAAAGAUGAGGAAACCGGCUCAGCAAAAUCAUCAAACAGUCUCAGCUCCACAACAUCCUCUUUGAAUUCAUCGAAACUGUCUUCUUCAACCCCUCAAAAUGGCCUAACCUUACAUUCCCUCAGCAAAGCCUGUAAUGGUGGGAUGCUAUUAGAAGCCAUGGAUGAUCUCUCACCCCAUGUAACUCAAGUCAACAAUGUCCACACACACCCGAUCAGAAUUGCCGUUAGCUCAAAACUGGGAGUGGACGGACUGCCCUUAUUAGCGGGUGAUGCUCAACAUCGCCUGAGGGAGUUAGUGACCGAGCCGCAAAGAGAAGUGCAGAGACUGCGUGCUCAUUUGAAGGAGAUCCAGCUGCUCGUACACAAGCAGGGCGUGGCCGGUGGAGGUGUGAACCUAGUGGAGGGGGCGGGUGGUAGUGGUGUGAGUAUUGAGGACCAGAUUGCCAGUGCACUGGAUGAUCAGUCUCCAACGAGUCUGAGCAGCUGGGACUGUGUGGAUCGUGAGGAGGGUGUGGGUGUGAGGUGGGUUCCGGAUCAUGCCGUCUCCCACUGUCAGGCCUGUGGGGUGGAGUUUUGGACAGGGCUUAGGAAGCACCACUGCAGGAGUUGUGGUGGCGUUUUUUGUGGAAGUUGUUCCAAUUUCUUCUGCCCUGUGCCUCAUGAGCAGCUGUUUGAAGAGACUAGAGUUUGUGAAAAAUGUUUUUACAAAUUGGAUGGUCAUCUUAUAUCAAGAGACUGCAUUUCAGUCCCACCAUCUUAAGACACUGCACUAUAGCUAGACUAUUCCAAUUCAUAGUUUUUUUUUUAUUAUUAUUAUUAUACAAUGUGAUCACAAGAAAUUAUUCCUCACUUCCCCAUAGACAUAGUAGUACAGUGUAGACAUUUAUUCUUUUAGCAAAUAGAAACUUAUCUUAUAAAGACUGGUUUAUUGUCACCCUUUGUGAGUGAAUAAAAUUAUGUUCGAAUCAG